AUAAUGUGGUAUAAUAAUGAAUUUUACGUCUUUAAAUUUUCAUUUAUUAUCUAAACUUAUUUGACACCUCUAAAUACACUUUUAUUUAUUAAUUAUAUCAAGAUGAAGAUUAUUCAACGUUUCUUCAAAGACGUCAAACUGCAUCGAUUAUUCUUGGAUCUGUCUCUUUUGUCGGCGAAGAUAAGUCUGGCGAUGAUAAUCGCAACUUUCAGAAUGAUUAUACCGCGUUCUAUGAAACGUUUACUAGGAGAAACCGUUCUCAUCACCGGAACCGGUCACGGUAUCGGUCGCGAAUUAGCUAUCCAGUUAUCCUCGAUGGGCUGUAUAGUUGUCUGUUGGGACAAUGAUAUUGAAAGCAAUCGAGCGACAAUGAGAGAAGUGUCGAAAAAUGGCGGAGAGGUCUACGGUUUUGUAGUCGACGUCUCAAACAGAUUGGAAGUACGCGAGACGGUGAGAAUGAUGAGAAAAGUCGGCGUACCGGACGUGACGAUACUCGUUAACAAUGCAGCUGUAUUAUAUCAUCAACCAUAUCUAAGUCUAAAUCCAGAUGACGUGGAAAAAACAUUCAAUGUUAAUGUACUUUCAAAUUUCUGGACAAUAGAAGCAUUUCUGCCUUCGAUGCUACUAAAAGGAAGUGGCCACAUAGUAGCGAUAAGUAGCAUGUGUGGCAUCUACGGGGUGUCUCAGAAAAUAGCAUACUGCUCUUCAAAAUUUGCUGUGAGAGGUCUUAUGGAGGCCCUUCACGAGGAGGUACGAUUACAUGAAAGAAAACCUAACAUUCAUUUUACAACAAUAUAUCCAUUCUACGUCGACACAGGAUUAGCAAAGGAUCCUAAAUACAGGUCAAUUCGAAGAAACUAUACAGAAUAUUCAAUACCACGAUGUCUUUCCCUAAAUGCAAUCAACAGAAUUGUUCCGGAGAGCGUAAUGCAUUUGAUACUAGACUUUUUAGCGAAUGUCGAUCGAAAGCAGUAAGAAAGGGGUGCAAUUAAAUUGAAACUAGAUUUGAUAAGAGCUUAGAAAUCGUAUAUAGUAAAGAUAUUUAUAUUUUUUUAUCAAGUACAUUUUAAUU